UUGGAACAACGGCGACACCUUCUCACUCAGCGUUUGUCUUGACGAGGCACAAGUAGUGACUUCCUUCCUGCGUUUAUCCUGAAGCUGUUGAGAGUCGAGUUGGCAGAGAUGUUUCAAAUAAAGAAGAUUUGUUGCAUUGGUGCUGGAUACGUAGGAGGCCCAACGUGCAGUGUGAUCGCUCAUAUGUGUCCAGAGAUCACAGUAACCGUGGUGGAUGUCAACGAGUCCCGAAUCAAAGCCUGGAAUUCUGACACUCUACCCAUAUAUGAGCCGGGCCUGAAAGAAGUGGUCGAGUCAUGCAGAGGGAAAAAUUUGUUCUUCUCCACAGACAUAGACUCAGCCAUCCGGGGGGCUGACCUCGUCUUUAUCUCUGUUAACACACCGACAAAGACUUAUGGUAUGGGUAAGGGCCGAGCAGCCGAUCUGAAAUUCAUUGAGGCGUGCGCUCGUCAGAUUGUGGAGGUUUCUGAUGGUUACAAGAUCGUCACAGAGAAGAGCACGGUCCCAGUCAGAGCUGCAGAGAGUAUUCGAAGGAUUUUUGACGCCAACACCAAACCCAGCCUCAACCUACAGGUGUUGUCAAACCCAGAGUUCCUCGCUGAAGGUACAGCCGUCAGGGACCUGAAAGAGCCAGACCGUGUCCUGAUUGGUGGCGAUGAAACCGCCGAAGGGCAAAAGGCAAUCAGAGCACUGUGUGCUGUCUAUGAACACUGGGUUCCUAAAUCCAGAAUCAUCACCACCAAUACAUGGUCCUCUGAGCUGUCCAAACUGGCAGCCAAUGCAUUCCUGGCUCAGCGAAUCAGCAGCAUCAACAGCAUCAGUGCUCUGUGUGAGGCCACUGGAGCUGAUGUGGAAGAAGUGGCCAAAGCUAUCGGCAUGGACCAGAGAAUAGGCAGCAAGUUUCUCAAAGCCAGUGUUGGUUUUGGUGGAAGCUGCUUCCAAAAGGAUGUGUUGAAUCUGGUCUAUCUGUGCGAGGCCCUGAACCUGCCUGAAGUGGCCUCCUACUGGCAGCAGGUGAUAGACAUGAAUGAGUACCAGAGGCGGCGGUUUGCUCACAGGAUUAUCGACUGUCUCUUCAACACGGUCACAGGCAAGAAAAUCGCUCUGCUCGGCUUCUCCUUCAAAAAAGACACCGGCGACACCAGGGAGUCUUCCAGUAUCUACAUCUCUAAGUAUUUAAUGGACGAAGGAGCCAAGCUGUUCAUCUACGACCCCAAAGUCCUCAAAGAGCAGAUCAUUCAUGACCUCUCUCAGCCCAACAUUUCAGAGGACAAUCCAGAGAGAGUGUCUGAUCUGGUGACCGUGACCUCUGACCCCUAUGAAGCCUGUCAGAGUGCCCAUGCCUUGGUCAUCUGCACUGAAUGGGACAUGUUCAAAGAACUGGAUUAUGAAAAGAUCUACAAGAAGAUGCUGAAACCAGCGUUCAUAUUUGACGGUCGCAGAGUGUUGGAUCACCUCCAUGCUCACCUUCAGGACAUCGGCUUUCAGAUCGAGACAAUCGGGAAGAAAGUGUCGACUCUGAGAAUCCCCUACAGCGCUGCAGCUGUGGGUUCUCGCCUCGGUGCCAUCGAACCUCCCCCCAAAAAAUCCAAAGCCUAAAAGCAGCUUGACCACACCUCUCACAUCAUUAAGCCGUUCACUACCUUUUGUAGCUGGUCGACAACAUUUGUCACUCUGACGUUAGUACAUGUCUGCAAAUCAGAGACAUGACUGUCCCCUCCCCUGCUGUGAGUCACAGCAGUUUUUUUUAACUUCACCUCAGACUCUCUUUGAUAAAACAUUCCAAACGCUUGAUCUUAUCACCGCAAACAUUUCUGUGCCAGUCCUUCAGUGAUUUUACCGGUAUUUACUGUGUAAUCAAAUAUUUCAAAAUUUUAUAGUAUUUUUUAAAGAGAAUGGUAUUUUUUCUAAGUCGUUUUUACUGUAUGUUAAUCUGUUUGUGUCCUCUAUAUCAGUAAUGAAUUACUUAAAGGGCCAAUGCAAUAAAAAAGUGUGUCCUUAA